AUCAAAAAUGCUUCGUCUAUCGUUGGGCCAGGGUCUACGGACAUUUGCGUCAACUGCGACGACGACAACGCCACGAUGCAGUCGGUUACAAGGCAAAGUCGCUAUUGUCACUGCGUCAACAGACGGGAUCGGAUUUGCGAUUGCGAGACGUUUAGCGCAAGAAGGGGCCAACGUAAUGAUAAGCAGUAGAAAAGAGAAGAACGUUAAUCAGGCAGUUGAGAUACUCACAAAGGAGGGAUUAAAAGUUUCCGGACUAGUUUGUCAUGUCGGUAAAGCGGAGGAUAGAGCACGUCUCUUUGAAGAGACUAAAGCCCAGUUCGGAGGUUUGGAUAUUCUGGUGUCUAACGCAGCCGCGAAUCCGGCAGUGGGUCCAGUUUUGGAAUGCCAAGAGGCUGUGUGGGACAAGAUAUUUGAUGUUAAUGUCAAAUCCACGUUUAUGCUAAUGAAAGAAGCGCUGCCACUUCUUAGAGAACGGAAAUCUUCAUCUAUCAUUAUAGUUUCUUCCGUUGCAGCAUACCAGCCCUUCAAUCUGCUGGGAGUCUACUCAAUUACCAAGACAAGUUUACUUGCACUAUGUAAAACAGUAGCUGAUGAUCUUGCACCGGAAUCAAUACGGGUCAACUGUAUUGCUCCUGGGAUAAUAAAAACAAAAUUUUCAACACCGCUCUAUGAAUCUGAGGCAGCACGUGACCUGGCCAUGUCAAAAAUCCCUCUACAAAGAUUGGGAACUACAGACGAAAUAGCAGGAAUUGCAGCUUUCCUAGCGAGUGAAGAUGCUUCUUACAUUACUGGUGAAACUAUUGUUGGAGCUGGUGGCAUGUUAUCAAGACUCUGAGAAAUCUACUAUUUAUAUGCACUAUAUAUUAUGUAUUGAUGAGGGCGCUCAUUAUCAUUGCUAUUUUAUCGGUUAAAACAUUGGGGUACUCUUAGAAUUUGUACAAUGUAUUAUCGAGUUUAUUAGAAAGCUAAAAUAAAAGAACGUUUUUUCAUCAGUUAA